AAAAAUAAACGAUUAUUUUUUAUUUGCAAAAAAUGUUUUAAAAUUUGUGCAUGGGUUUUUUUUAAAUAAAAAACUAAUAAAUAUCGUGAAUGCAUGUUAAAAUGUGAUAUUAUGAGAGUGAUGAAUAAUUCACAAUACUUUGUAAUAUGAAUAUUUAGUAUAAACAGUGAUAUACUUUCUUCCAAUAUGUUGAAAAUAAAAGCUUUAAAUCGCGAAUCGUCCUCGGACGAAGAUACACCUGUUAUAAGAAGAGAAGCACAGGAAGAAAUCGCUCUAGAAUUAUACAAUAAAGCUCUACAUUUACAAGCACAAGAAGUAUUUUCCCAAGCAGAAUCAAUUCUCCUGAAAUUAAUCGAUGAAAAUAUACCCCUAUUAGAAAACAACGGAGGUCUUCCGAAGUCUAUGUCCAAUUUGAAAUACUCUUGUCACGUUAACAUAGGUAACAUAUAUUUAAAACUAAACAGAAUAAACGAUGCCCUCGAAAGGUAUUUACUAGCCUCUGAAUUAGACGCAACUGAUGUCACCUUAUGGUAUAAAAUUGGGAACUUAUCCAUCGAUGAAAGUAAAUUCCACCAGUCUGCAUAUGCCUUUGCAAAAGGAUUAGAAUGUAGCGAAUCUCACUGGCCUUGUUUGGAUAAAUUAAUAUCAGUAUUAUUCGCUAUUAAAGAUACUAUUGCUUGUUUAGAAUACAUUGGAAAAGCUUUAAUAUUAGACCCUAAUUAUACGAAAGGUUUAGUCUUAAGGCAGCAAAUUUAUAGGGAUAAUCCAGCUAGUAAAGAAUAUUACAAAUUAUACAACCCUGAGAGUAUUUGGGAACCGCCUUUAGAAGUUGAAAUUACUGAAGAAGAUGAGAAAACUUACUUAGAUGAAGUGCAGAAUUUAAUUAGCAAAGUUAAUGAAGCGGAAAAAGCCCUUGCCCCUAAACCUCUAGAAACCAUUGCACUUCCUAAACCCUUAGUAGAUUACACCUGGUUAUGUUUAACGGAAGUAAUCGUUUAUAUCCAUCAAUAUAUAUCCGACCAAGGAAUGAGUCAUUUUACCAUGUUCGACAUGUCUAAAAGUAUGAGCAAUAAAGAGGAACCUGCUUUUAAAUUUCCGCAAACUGACAGCGAAUGUACGAAGCCAGUCGAAAAUAAAGUUCCCGAUGUAAAAAAUCCUGUUAAUGGACAAGCAAGCGCCAAUGAAAAGCUACUUAACGAGCAAAUAAUCGAAAGAAGACUCUCACAAAACAGCGACAACGUUAUUGAUAACCAAGAAAAUACAUCGAUGCAGACCGAUAACGAUGAUGAUCAAACUCUAGAGCCUGAUACAGAAGAUCAGGAUGAGACUGCCGAGCAGAAAGAAAAAGGCAGACCGAGGACUAAAAGAAAACGCGACCUUUUAUCUGACCUACAAACAUGGGGAUGGUACAGCAGAAGAAAACUCUCCAAAAAGGCUAAAGAAAAGGAUUUCACCAUAGAAGACGCCUUCGAGAGAAUAAUUCCGAAAAAAUUGCUACCACAUAGAAUCGAUCCUGAGAAAUUUGUCGGAUACGACGAUUCCAUGAAUACAAUGGACUUGUACAAUCUUUACAUGGAUAACUGCAAUAUAAACUAUUUAUCUCCGAUCCAUUCCCCCACAUCUGUGAAUUACGAGCAGUAUUUUGGCACGGAAAAGGAAAGAGACGAUGUCGAGGAGUUUUGGACGAAAACCCGCGAAUCUGUCGAUGCCGUGGUACUAAUCAAAGAACUAGUAUUCCGCCUUUCUAAACUUUGGCAUUACAAAUGGCCCAAAGAACUGGUUCCCCUUUACGUGAAAGCUUACAAUAUGUUUCGCGAGCACUACGAUCCUCCUCAAGUGUUCUGCGGCGGCCACUCAUUCGAAGAAUUAAGAGAUGAUGCUCUGGCUUCUCUGCUGUUUUGUGAAUUGGUAAUAUUUAGCUGCGAGGAAAAGGUGAACAUACCUCCUAUGCUCAUCGGGUACAUGAGGCUCAUUAGCGGAUGGAAGGAGAAAUGGAAUCAAGAUUAUCCGUCAUUCUUCAUUCGUCUCUUUUGGCUCGAAUCGCACUUAUUCCGCAAAGAAAAAAACAACGAUUUAGCCAUCAAUUCCUUGCAUCUGAUUAAAGAGGCAAUAGAGGAAGAAGAGUCGAACUCGAAGGAAAAGUACAUGUUGAGUUUGCCGAAUUGCUUCAAAUACGGUCUGGUAAACGGCGGAAUCAUAUGUAAAAUACUCAAACAUCUGGAUAUUAUUAGUUCUUUAAGUUUAGUUGAAAACAUGUACAAUUCCGAAAAAUACAGAGAAGUUGCGGAUAUCCUCAAAGCGACUUUUAACGGAGGUCCUUGCUUGCAAGUGGGACGUUUGGGCCGUCCCGCUCAAUUGGGCAUAUUAAUGCACUCCCUUUGGUACCUAAAUAAAACGGAAUGCUUUAUUUGGACGGAGGAGUGCUUAAAUGAAGCAUUCGAUCAAUACCUAAAGCUCAACAAGGACCAGGAUAAGUGGGAGAAAAUACUGGAGAAGUGUUUAGCGAUACUUUACGAGAUAAUUAAAAGCGAUACAAUUUGCAUUAUCGAUCAUUUGCACGAAAAUAACAGAGCUAGAAUCGUCCAGAACUUGGCCAAAACAAUCUCCAAGCAAUUGAAUUCCGAAGUUUCCAAAAACUCCGUCAUUUGCGUCAAGCCUUGGAUACUCUUGCAUUUUGUUCUCUUGCGAGAGGAACAACGAGAGUAUGCCAAAAAGAGAAUUAGUAAAGGCAAAAAAGCUGAUGUGAGUAAUGAGAAUGAAGACCCUUCGGAUAACUCUCUGCCGCCUUCUAUAGAGAUUUUAUUCUCGGCUCAUGAAUUUUUAGGUUCAAAAGGCUGGUGUAUGUCGAAUCAAGGAGAAUUGCUUCAUUUUAUCAUAGAUACCAUUCUGGAUAAAUUGGAUACUCCGAUUUUCGAACGUAUGAGAGACAAAAUCGACAUACACAUUGAGCAGUCUAUGUUCUGUUUGUACCAACAUCCCAGCAAAAAGAACAAGAUUUCCCGGCACCUGGCCGAUCACAAUGUCGAUCCCAUUCCCUUAUCCUGGGAACGGGCCUCGCAAGUGUACGAAUUCUACGGUCCCGAUUCGCUGCCGGAAUUCAAUUCGUACAAAAACGCCUCGAUAUCGUCCGAUUUAGAGCAGUUGUUCAAGCGAAUCAUCGCCCUCGUCCCGACGAACAAUUCCCCGCAACAGUAUUUGCCGAAAAUCAUGGACUACAUUCACGGCAAAACCGACGUCGUGAUGGAACCCGUUCCGUUUCCGCGCAAAGUCAAAUCGAUCUACUACCUCAUCGGCGAUUUCUACUUCAAGCAGAGGGAAUUCAACAAGUGCAUCAAGUACUUCCAGUUGGACUUGUGCAUCAAUCCGGGCCGGUUGGAUUCCUGGGCCUGUCUGGGACUCAGCUACGCGGCCCAGCUGGACACGAAGCUCAACCACUGCGAGAAAUUCAAAAACGAGAUGGAAUUUUUGGAGAAGGCGAAGUACGCGACGAUUUGCUUCAAGAAAUCGUUGGAGAUUUGCCCGGAUCCGCUGAUGCUGUGGAUAGAGUACGGCACCUUCCAGUACACUGCUCAUUCGUACUGCUCGAGGAUCCUCAAGUACGAAUCGGAAAAUUUAAGCAUGGAAAAGUUUGAGUUUUUGGAGAAUCAAAAGAACAGCUAUUUGGAUAGCUCCGGAAGCAGUUUUGAAAAGGCUAUUGCUCUUUACGAAGCGGAAGAGACUAAUGAAGCGGACGAAAGAUGGUUGCAGUAUUAUAUUUUGGGUAAAAUAGCCGAAAAGAAGCAAAAAGAACCAACUGAGUAUCUUCAAUAUUAUAUAACGGCUAGUACUCUAUUAGAAGAAAAUAAUGCUGAAUAUCCCGAGAAGAUAAAUUACAAUAAUCCUCAACAUUUAUCCGUAGAAGCGUUGGAAUUGCACUAUAGAAUACACGCUUCGGUUUUGAAAUACUUAGAACUGCACGAAGGAAAGGAAAUACCGAACACUUUAGGUGCAUUUUUCAAGAAAUGUUUAUCCAGUUCGAAUCAUUUGAAAAAAGCAGUACCGCAGCCUCCACCUGCUGUGGAAACGGCCACUUCUGCAGGCAGUCAGGAAACGAAGGUUUUGCAAACUCCUGUGGCUCCUGUGCCUGUGGCUCCUGUGGCUCUUUCAGGCCAGUUAUCAAAUGCAUGUAACAAAUCGGAAACUAACGAUGGAAAUCAUGUUUCUGAAAAAGAAAAUUUACCAUCUACUAAUGAUAAAAAAGCUGAUAAUUUGCCUGAACCUGCGCCAAUACAACCUAAGACACAGAAGCCUACUUAUGACAUCGAAGACGUUAUAGUAUUGUCUGAUUCUGAUGAAGAUGUUAAAGUAGUGGAAAGUGCGCCUGAUAUUAAACAAAAUGAUAAAAUUUGUGAAAAUGGAAAGACUGAUACACCGCAAAUUGAAAAGACAGUAGAACCUAUGGAGACUGAUAUUGAUGAAGGCACAACACAUAAAAUUAGCAAAUCGUUGGGAGAAUUGGAGAAAAUGGAGGUUGAUAAUAGCGAACCUACAGAUAAAAUUAAGGAAUUAGUAGACUCUGAAGGUACUUUACAUAAUGCAUCUGCAGCAACUACAAACAAUAAAAUCGAAAAUAUUAGUAAUGAGCCAGAACAAGCUUUGAAAACAACAAAUAGCAAUUUAGAUAACCCCGAAGCAUCCAAUACCAAGCCUAAAGAUGUGCAAACGUUACUGGACGAAAUGAUGAUGCAGACCAUGAAGAAUUCAGACGAACCCGAACCCGAUUCCGACCUUAGCGGCGCCGAGAAGUUUGAAGAAGUUAUCGUUCAACAAGAAAACGAAGUUAACGAUGUCAAAAAAGACGAGUCGUCGAAAAGUCCGUCAGUGAAAACGGUAACUAACGAUGUAGAAAUGGACACUAACAACAAACCGGUGACAUCAAGAGAAUCCAGCAGCGGUUCGAGUUCAUCCAGCUCGAGCGAGAGUUCGGACUCUGAUAGCGAUGAUGACGAUAGCAGUUCAUCAAGUUCAUCAUCAUCUUCGGAUAAAUCCAACGAAUUUAUGUCUCACAGCGACCUGUCGCAUUUAAUUGAUAGAUGCAUUCUAGGUUUGGAAAUAUGCGUCGUUAGAUUGACACAAAACUACAAAGCCCUCUAUCGACUGGCUCAUAUUUUCUUCAAUUACAAGGCCAAGAAAGAUUUAAGCAAGUGUAAGCAAUUGUUGAUGAGCGAAUAUAAAUGUAAAGAUGGCACAGUCAUAUCCGGAUUGUUUAGCGAUCGGAAACCUAUAAACUUUUUUAAUGGUAUAUGGAGAAUACCUUCAUCUGAAAUCGACAGGCCUGGUUCGCUUUCUGCGCAUAUGAGUAGAUGUUUAUCGUUAUUGUUGCAAAUAUUGAGAACAACGAAUGACACAAAAACUUUGAUCGAUUUAUGUGUUAAUUUGAGGAAAACCCCGGAGCCUGAUAAAAUAUACAUAAAAGAUUCGGAAAGGAUAGCUUUCGCCGAUCAAGCGAUGACCAUGUGCAUCCAGAGCAUAAGGGACCAAAUAAAACAUAUACCGAGCAUGACUAAUCCCCAAAUAGCGAAACUUCUCCAAGAAAUUUACAAGAUCUAUCAGAGAUUGCAGAAGCACGCCCCGGGCAAGGAAAUCCAUUUUGCCAAUUUACUUGAAGAGGUCUACAAAAAAUUCAUCAAAGAAAAGAUACCCGAUAACGUCAACGUUCUUGAUUUAGCGGUUAAAUUCUGUUCGCAAAACAGGGCGGCCGAGAAACAGAAGCUUCUUUCUACACCUAAACCUCAAAUAUUGACCCCCAGAGGAUCACCAAUUACUUCAGUUGCACCCGUCAUGCCUUCGCCGCAGGUCUUCACGCCGCAGUCGUUGGCGUUGAAGAGACCGGGGUCUCAAAGACCUCGCGGUCGACCGCCCUUGCAGAAACCCGCCGGACAACAGCGUUAUCAAAGAUCGAAGAACCCCGCUUCGGGUGCCUCAAAGGCGACUUCGUUCCCCUGGCAGAAGCCGCUCUUGGAUCACAGUUACGCCUACGAAUAUUUGAAGCACUACCAAGACGAGCUGAUCAAGCAAUACAGCCAGAAUUUGAGCAUUGCCCAGCUCACGCAGUUAAGUUCUAUUUUGACGCAAGGUCACAUUAAUAAUCCUCUAGCUGCAUCGGCAGUAACGAGUCAAAUGUUCGCUCAAACGAAUUUAUUAAACACUAAUUUACUUCAAAAUAUUAAUCCGGCAGGAAGCUCUGUCCCAACCAGCGCUUCUUCGCAACUAAUGGACAAUUUGAACCAACUAAAUCCUGCCAUGAAGAAAAAAUUAGGCGUCGAUCAGGCGCUUUCGAACCUAACACCCGAUCAAUUGAAGGUUUUGGGUACGCUGAUUCCGAAACAGCAAUCAUCGACUUUCUCAAAUAAAUUAUCUUCGUCUCAUGCCGCUUUGCCCAUACCAAGCAGCGUUGCUGGUAAUUCAACGAAGCAACAGUCCCAAAGAUCUGCCGUGCCGAGCGCGUCCAAAUCGAUUGUCGAUCAAUCGAAGAACAAAAUGGGCGUUCCGGCGAGCUUGAUUAAUUCGAUGUCGAUGAAUUUACAAACCGGAUCGCAAUUGUUUAGGGAACCAGCAAAAAAAGUUCCGUUGUCAGCUCAAGAUGAUAAAUCGGCUAAAGAUUUAAUGAAAGAUAGACCUAAUAUAUCGAUCACUCCUGUCAGCUUGUCGCCCACUCCUAGCGUUUCGCCUAAUUUUAUGAGGCCAACAUCGACUAGUCCAUCGAGCGGGAAAACGUUACAGGAAAAGCUUGCGGAAAAGAAGAAAGAACAACAAAACAAACAACUAAAAUCCACGCACGAGGGGGAGAAACGUCAGGCGGAGCUUUACAAAAAGAACCUAAACCUCCCCAAUAUACCGUCAUCGCUGACCGUAUCUCCGGUGACUGCGGCCCAAUCGGGUUAUCCGAGUACUUCCGAUGUUAAGGCGUCGAUGUUCGCCCAUCCGAAAAGCUCCAACAAGAGCUCCAAGUUUUCUUUGGAGUACGGCUUGCCGAUGGGCGGCCCUUUGAAAUUGCCCAACGAAUCGAUGCUGGCGCCGCCUCUAAACGUGUCGAAGGCUAUUACUAGCCAUUUGGCUAACACGCCGACGUUUUCAUUGGAUUCUGGAGUAUCGAUUAGUCAGGUAUCCGUUAAUCAAAAGAAAAAAGGGAAGUCCGUUUUAAGCACAGACAAGAAACAAAUCGAUCCAGUCGUAUUAAUGCCAAUAAACAAGAAAGCUAACGCAUCCAUUAAACAGUACCAGAAAAAUCCACAAAUUUCCAAGAAACCAGCGAAGCAGAGUAGCUCUUCAAAAAUCUCUUCGGAAUCGCAAAAAAAAUUAGUGGAUUUUUCUAAAAUCAAAUCGACUGCUCAGAAAGCUGAAGCAACGCCAUCAAGUACUAGCAGAACACACAAAGUGGUUAGAAUUCAAGCUAAUCCUGCUGAAAUUACAUUGACUAAGAGUUUAGAACCUCUUUCGAGGGGGGAGAUCUCAAUUGAAGCCAUUCCGAAGAAGAAAAGUAAUACACAGGCGGAAUCCGCCCAAGACGAUGUUAUAUGUAUCGAUUAGAGUUCGAUUUCCUGUGCAAAAGAUUUAUUUCACCAGACUGUUCCAUUCGAUCAUCGUCGUCGUAAGCGAAUAAUUUGUAUUUUAUUUAAUGUGUGUUCUAUAGUCAUAAUGUAAGAUUAAAAUUUACGAUUAUUUUUGUGAUAACAUUUUAAAAUUGUACUGUCAUAGUUAGUUAGAUAUUUAUUAUUUUGCUAUAUUAGUAUAAUUUUGAAUAAAGCUAU